AUGAGCGACCUUGACGCGCUUGAUCCAUUAGUCGUAGAGCAGCACCUUUCGCGUCUACCCUUCGUCAAGAUUGACGGCGUCAUAAACGUCCGCGACCUUGGCCUCCUCCCAUCUCAACUGUACCCAAAUCUCAUCACCAAACCGCGUCUGCUCUACCGUUCUGCCGAGUUAUCAGGAAUAACAGACGAGGGCAAGGCCCAGCUGCGCUCGCUCGGCAUCUCCCAUGUAUUCGACCUGAGAUCGGACACUGAGAUCGUGAAGUACAACACCCCGGUGCCCACCAUCGAUGGAGUCUCUGUAAACCACAUUCCUGUCUUCCGAACAGAGGACUAUAGCCCCGAGAUGAUGGCGAAACGCUAUCAGUUGUAUGCGAGUGGGAAGACCGAGGCAUUCAUGGAGCUAUACUCUCAAAUUCUCGACCAUGGUGGUACGGCAUUUGGCGCCAUCCUCCGACACGUCCGCGACCGACCAAACGAGGGCUGUGUAUUUCAUUGUACCGCUGGUAAAGACCGAACGGGUGUCAUUGCUGCUAUUCUUCUCAAACUCGCAGGAGUGGACAACGACAGAAUAGCACACGAUUAUGCGCUCACCCGUAUUGGACGCGAGCCUGCUCGUGCAAAAAUCAUUGAAAGACUCUCCAAGGAGCCAUUAUUUGCGUCCAAUAAUGAAGCUGCUUUGAACAUGUUUACUUGUCGGCACGAAACUAUGAUGGCCUUUUUGGACAUGGUGGACAGUCGGUAUUCGGGAGUAGAGGGAUAUGUCAAACGCUUCAUCGGACUGACGGACGACGAUAUUGCUACCAUCCGGCAAAAUAUCCUGGUCCUAGCCACUGAGGAGACACCUGCACUUCGAAGCAUGGUAUAA